AGAGUGCCAUCCUGUGAAGACUAGCAAGUUUCUAUGCAACCCCAGUCAGCAUACGCUUCCUGCAAGGAGGGAAAGAGAGAUGGUCCCUGUGGUAGAAAGGGAAACCAUGCUAAUCUUUUCUCUACCCGGUCAUGGGCGAAGUCAUCACGCGGUGACUGAUCUGUCACCAUCGCAACUGCACACAUAAUCAAGGAAAGGACGAACAAAAUUCCAAACCAGUCUACUUCCCUGUUGACAUAUUCAUUCCUGUUCAGUCAAACAGAAAUUUUUGAGGACUGUUAAAAUCGAAAUUGAGGAGGCAUUGGCAAUUGCCAAAUUGCAAUGGAGGUUCUGCUCUCUGCAGUUGCUAGCGACCUCGUCGGCCGGCUGGUCUCCUUCCUCAUCAGCAAGUUCGCGGAGCCAGGCUCCACCGACGACGUCGUCAGGCUGCAGCGAUCGCUGCUGCGAGCCCGAGCCGUCGUCGAGGAGGCCGAGGCGCGGCAGGUCACCAGCCGGGCGAUGCUGCUGCAGCUCAACCACCUGCGGGGAGAGAUGUGCCGGGGCUCCUACGUCCUCGACGCCUUCCGGCGGCGAGCCGCCUUGCCCGGUAGAUCAUACGCCACGGCGAGGCGGCCGCUCGCCUUGCCUUCGGGCAGAGAUGCCGCAGGUGGGCUGUCCGUCGCGGUGGAAAGCAUGGAAGCUGCGCUGGGCGACAUGAAGGAGUUCGUCGUGCUCCUCGGCGGCUGCCCCCGCGUCGGCCGGCAGCCGUACAGCGCCUACCUGUUCAUGGAGAGCUGCAUGUUUGGCCGGCAGAUGGAGAAGGAGCAGAUCGUAAGCUUCCUGCUGCAGCCUGCUCGAGAUCUGGAUGUCCUCGCCAUCAUCGGCCCUCACGAGGUCGGCAAGCGGACGCUGGUCGAGCAUGCGUGCCUCGAGGAGAGGGUGCGAGACCACUUCGCCAAGAUCCAUCGCCUCUGCGGUGACGAUCUCGACGUGCAGGGCCAGGAGCCUCUUCGAGGUUUGGUCGACACGGAUCAAAGGUCCCUGAUCGUGAUCGACUUCGCCGGCGGCGACACGGACGAGGAGCGUUGGACGGGGUUCCGCUCGUCCCUUCGCCGCCGCGCGCACGGGGAGAGCAAGAUCAUAGUCAUCGGCAGGGCGGAGACGCUCUCGGGCCUGGGCACCGUGCCGCCGCUCAGGCUGCGCGCGCCGCGCCGGGAGGAGCUCUGGUACCUGUUCAAAGCGUUGGCGUUCGGAGGCGCCGACCCGGAGGAGCGCCCGGAGCUCGUGCGCGUCGCCACGGCGCUGUUCGCGGGCAUCCCGGACCUCACGCCGUUCGUCGCGGUGAGCAAGACCGCCGCGUCGCUCCGCGCCGACCUGAGCGCUCGGUCCUGGCGCCGCGUGCUGAGGGUGUCCGUCGGGGUGACGGCGCUGCAGCUCGGCGCCGCCUUCCCCGGGGGUCGUGGCCGUCCGGAGGAGAAGACGGCGUACUACCACCCCGGCGUGCCGGUGAAGGGUGGCCGUAGCGCGCCGUGCUUGUUCUACGACAGGCGCAAGUCGACGGGCAUGCCGCGGAGCGAGCUUCCGAGGGCGACGAUGCUGGACGUAGCCGGCGGCGCCGUCCCGGCCGGGGGGAAGCGGUUCGACGUGCUGGUGUGGCAGUCCCGCAUCCCUCCUUACGCAAGCUACGUGGCGACGUGCGACAUGGAGAGAGCCGCGCAGGUGGAGAUCGCCAAGCGACGGCUUGCGAGCAAGAGGAGGAGAGGCCAACUGGUUCGUGGCCCGCUCCGGCGAAGACAAGGUGGUGGGACGCUAGGAGAGAGAGGCGGCGAUGAAGGUGGAGCGGUCGCGGGACGCGGGGAGUGAAGGACAACGGAGGGACACUGAGGGGCUGCUCGGAGUCGCAGGUGCGAUUGUGAGCGGCAUCGUAGAAGGCCUAUUGCGAUUUUGCGGCCCACGAGCAGCUUGCCCUGCCAUCGGAUCCGCCACCACGCUAAUCUGUCGGGUUUUCCA